AUCGUAUUUGAUUUCCUUCUUUCUUCUUUUCUUUAAACCAUUACUUCUUCUUUGAAUUACUCGUAUUCAUACUUACCUUCUUUUAUUUUUGUUUGGGGAAGCAAAAAUCUAAGAAAUCCUAUUUUACCGUAAAAGAAGAAGACCACGGCCAAUUUUUUUUAUUUUUAUUUUUUUCUUUGUAUUAUACAGCCUUUUUUUUUUUUCGUACAAUAGAUCAAACGUUAUACGUUAAAAAAAGAAAAAAGCAGACAAACAGAAGCUGUCAAAUUUUUUGUGUUUUUUCUGCCAUUUAGACUUUUUUUGUUUAUAUUAUUCUCUAUUAAGAAAGUAUUUGUUUUUUCUUAAUAUUAUACAUUUUACGCACAUUUUUACAUCCACUAUUUAUCAUCUUACAUAAUAUACUCACCCAUCAUGGAGAAACAACAAGUCCUUCGUCCUUUAUCAGUUAGACAAAACAACACUGAAGUUUCUGUGCUUGUACCCACCAACAUUUGGGUUCCUGCCGAACAACUUAGAGAAGAAUUCCCAGCUCAAUCUAGCGACAAUAUCGAAGAAGAAAUUAGCGAAAUUGAACUUGCUGCCAAAUUUCUGCAUUUCGCCAUUGAUCGUGCAGCCACUCAAUCUCAAUUUUUGCCUGUUGCUAAGACCCUAUUUAUUGAUUUCCGUGCUCAAUAUUUAAAAGACAACGAUGUCCAUGCCGUGACUCGUGAACUUUCUCCUGACUCCAAGAAGGUGGUUAUCCAAGGCUACUAUCAUGCCCUUGUCCUCCUCAAGGAACAAAAUGUCAUUUCUGCUGAAGAGGCUGCUCCAGCCAAAUCUGCUCUUUUCGAGGCCGCCGCUCGUGGUGAUGCCAAACUCUUUGCCAUCUUUGGUGGUCAAGGUAACAUUGAAGAAUAUUUUGAUGAACUUGCUGAUAUUUGGGAAACAUACCACGGACUCGUGAAGCCUUUCGUCAACCGUAUGGCCACUGUCUUGGCUGAUUAUGCUCGCAGCCCUGAUGCCAAGGUCGUUCACUCCAAGGGUUUGGAUGUUUUGCGUUGGUUAAACGAUGUUGAGUCGAGACCUGAUGUACAAUACCUUAUUUCUGCUCCUGUCAGUCUUCCUUUGAUCGGUCUUGCUCAAAUCCUUCAAUACUACGUUAUGGUACGCGUCCUCAACCGUGAAUUCUCUGAAGUGCGCGACUUAUUUGAGGGUACUACCGGUCAUAGUCAAGGUAUCAUCAGUUCUGUCGUCAUCUCUGCUUCAUCAACAGAAGAAGAAUUCAUUACCAACACUGAAAAGGCUUUGGGUCUUCUUUUCUGGAUUGGUACUCGUGCUCAGCAAGUGUUCCCUACCACAACCUUGAAUCCUGCUAUUCUCGAAGAUUCUAUCAGCAACAAUGAAGGCAAUCCUACUCCUAUGUUGGCCAUUACUGGUCUUAGAGAAAGCCAAGUCAUCAAGCAUCUUAAGGCAACCAACGCUCAUCUUGCUCCCGAGCGUCAAAUUGAAAUUACUUUGCAUAAUGGACCGCGUUCCUUUGUCUGCACUGGUCCCCCUCAAUCUUUGUAUGGUUUGAAUCUCAGUUUGCGUAAGCUCAAGGCCCCUACUGGUCUUGAUCAAUCUCGUGUUCCAUUCUCUCAAAGAAAGAUCAAGUUCUCUUCCCGUUUCUUGCCUAUUACCGCUCCUUUCCACAGUGUUUACUUGAAGUCCGCUGUUCCCAUCAUUUUGGAAAACGCUGAAAAGAGCGGUCUCCGUUUCGAUGCUAAGGAUCUUAAGGUUCCUGUUUAUGCUACUGAUUCUGGUAAGUGCAAUGAUCUUCGCCAGUCAACAGAUCUCACCAGAGCAUUAUUGGAACUUAUUUGUGAACGUCAUGUUCAUUGGGAAAGCGCGAUUGCUUCAAAGGAAUUGACUCACAUUGUUGAUUUUGGACCUGGUGGUACCUCUGGUAUUGGUGGUUUGACUCACCGUAAUAAAGAGGGAACCGGCGUUCAAGUUGUUUUAGCCGGUGCCCUUGAAGGUGCUAACCGUGAUGUCUCUUACAAGGCUGAUCUUUUCGAUUCCGAUAUUCGUGCUGUUACUUAUUCUCAAAAUUGGGCCGAAGUUUUCAGACCCAAGUUGGUCCAAACCACAAGUAACGGCCGUAUUCAUGUUGAUACCAAAAUGUCCCGUUUAUUGGGUAAGCCUCCUCUCAUGGUAGCUGGUAUGACUCCUUCCACUGUCAACGAAAAAUUCGUUUCUGCUGUCAUGAAUGCUGGUUACCAUAUUGAACUUGCUGGUGGUGGUCAUUUCAAUGAAAGGGUCCUUCGUGAAAAGGUAGACAAGAUCAUGGCCCUCACCCAUCCUGGUGUUGGCAUUUCUCUCAACAUUAUUUUCUUGAACGUUCGUCAAUGGGGUUUCCAAUAUCCUCUUAUUCAAGUCAUGCGUAAGGAAGGUUUGCCUAUGGAGGGCCUCUGUAUUGCUGCUGGUGUCCCUAGUUUGGACAACGCAAACGAAAUUAUUGCUAAUCUGCAAGCAGCUGGUAUUCGCCACAUCGCCUUCAAGCCUGGCAGCGUUGAAAGCAUCCGUCAAGUGGUAGCUAUUGCUGCUGCUAACCCUACCAUGCCCAUCAUUUUGCAAUGGACCGGUGGUCGUGCCGGUGGCCAUCACGGUUUCGAAGAUGUCCAUCAACCUAUUCUUGAAACCUAUGCUGCCAUUCGUCGUCAAUCCAACAUUGUUCUUGUUGCUGGCUCAGGUUUCGGUGGUGCCGAUGACACCUUGCCUUAUAUUACCGGUGAUUGGUCUGUUAAAUUCGACUAUCCCCCUAUGCCUUUCGAUGGUGUCCUCUUUGGUUCUCGUAUGAUGGUGGCCAAGGAAGGUUUGGCUUCCGCUGCUGCUAAGCAAGCCAUGGUCGACGCCCCCGGUGUCGAUGACGCUGACUGGGAAAAAACUUAUAAGGGUCCUGCCGGUGGUAUCAUCACCGUUCGUUCUGAACUGGGUGAACCGAUUCACAAGGUCGCCACACGUGGUGUUCGUCUCUGGAAGGAACUUGAUGAAAGCAUUUUCAACUUGCCCAAGGAAAAGCGUUUGCCUGCUUUGUUGGCCAAGAAGGAUUAUAUCAUCAAGCGUCUCAAUGCUGACUUCCAAAAGGUUUGGUUCGGUCAAAAGAAGACGGGUGAAGCCGUCGAUCUUCAAGAUAUGACUUACUCUGAAGUGCUUCACCGUCUCAUCAAAUUGCUUUACGUUGAGCUUGAGUGCCGCUGGAUCGAUGUCACUCUUCGCAAUUUAGUCGGUGACUUUAUGCGUCGUGUCGAAGAACGUUUCUCUACCGCCUCAGCUCCUUCCAUGCUUCAAAGCUACACUCAAUUGGACAAGCCUUAUCCUUUGGUGGACGAAUUCUUGGCUCAGUUCCCUGAAGCUGCGAACCAACUCUUGACCUCUGAAGACGUUCUUCAUUUCAUUGCUCUCUGUAAGAACCCCUCCAUGAAGCCUGUUCCUUUCAUCCCUGUCAUGGACAAGGACUUUGAUGUCUGGUUCAAGAAGGAUUCUCUCUGGCAAUCGGAAGACCUUGCUGCCGUCGUUGACCAAGAUGUCCAACGUACUUGUAUUCUUCACGGUCCUGUGGCCGCCAAGUAUGCUAUUCGUGCUGAUCAACCGGUCGGCGAAAUUCUUGGUGAUAUUUACAACAGCCACAUUGAAAGCUUGAAGGAACGCUAUUAUAAGGACACUCCUAUCCCCAAGAUCGAGUACUUUGGUGGUGCUUCCAUCGCUCCAUCCGCCAUUACAGAAACAUCCUCCAACGCGAAUGAGCGUGUGUACGAAUUGGGUGAUGCCAACCUUCCUUUCGAAGAAGAUUGGUUCCAAGCUAUUUCAGGCCCUUCUUUCAACUGGCUCCGUGCUCUCUUGACCUCACCUUUCGUUGUUCAAGGCAAACGUUUCGGUGACAAUGCUGCCAAGCGUAUUUUCCGUCCCCGUGCCGGUCAAAGAGUGAUUGUUUCUACUGGCGCUGAUGGCAAGAUCACCGCUGUCAAGGUCCAAGAUAAGCGUCCUUGGAGUGCUACUACAAAGACAGAAGACUAUGUUACCUCCGUGGAGGCCUCUAUCAGUGGUCAAAACAUCGAUCUCAUUCUUUACGAAAAGAGAGCCGAGCAUUUCAUUCCUUUGCGUUUACAAUUCGUGUACAAGCCUGAAGUGGGUUAUGCUCCUAUUCACGAAGUCAUGGAAGGCCGUAACGAUCGUAUCAAGGAGUUCUAUUACAAGCUCUGGUUCGGCAUUGACUGUACCGAUGACUUUUUGAAUAUUCCUGUUCAUGAAAAACUGAUCGGUAAAGGUGAAACUGUCAAAUCCGAAGAAAUCAAGGAAUUCUGUCAAACCGUUGGCAACCAAGCCGAAGUCUUUGUUGACCGCGGUCAAAAGGUGGUGAAUGCCCCCAUGGAUUUUGCUAUCGUUGUCGGUUGGAAAGCCAUCAUGAAGGCUAUCUUCCCCAAGAUCAUUGAUGGUGACCUCCUUAGACUGGUUCAUUUGGGCAACGGUUUCCGUCUCUUGGAUGGUGCUGAUCUUUUGAAGGUCGGUGAUGUGGUCGAUACUUAUGCCAACAUCAAUGCUAUCAUUAACAACGAUAUGGGUAAGGUGAUCGAAGUAAAGGGUGUCAUUGUCCGUGAUGAAAAGCCUAUUCUCGAAGUCACCAGUCAAUUCCUUUACCGUGGUGAUUUCAAUGACUAUGAACAUACCUUUGAGCGCAAGGUGGAAACACCCAUGGAAUUCAAGAUCAAGGAUACAAAGGAUAUUGCUGUCCUCAAAUCCAAGGAAUGGAUGCAUUGGACAGAAGCCUUGGAAACCCAUGAAAUCACUCCUGGUUCAUCUUUGGUCUUCCGUUUGAACACUGAACUCAAAUAUAAGAACAAGAAGAUUUUCGCUUCGGUCAAGACCACCGGUACAGUCUCUAUGCAAGUGUCUACCAAGGAAAUUGUUGAAAUUGCCAAGGUUGAAUACGAAUCAGGCGAAAGCCACGGUAAUCCCGUCAUUGAAUACUUGAAGCGUAAUGCUCAAGAAAUUGAACAAGCCCACUUCUUUGAAAAUGGUGGUUACUCCGUUAUGCCCAGCCAAUCUACCUACUCAUCCGUUGUUCACGCUCCUGUCUCGAAUGAACCUUAUGCCAACGUCUCUGGAGAUUUCAACCCCAUCCACGUCAAUCCUUACUUUGCAGACCUUGCUCGUUUGCCCGGUACUAUUACUCACGGUAUGUGGACCAGUGCUUCUACUCGUAAGUUUGUUGAAAUCUUCGCUGCCGAUAAUGUUCCUCGUCGUGUUGUUGCCUACGACGUUCAAUUCGUUGGCAUGGUCUUGCCAUCCGAUCGACUUGAAACCAAGCUUUCUCAUGUUGGUAUGAAGAAUGGCCGUAAGAUCAUCAAGGUUGAAACCGUGAAUCAAAACAACGAAAAGGUGAUUGAAGGUACCGCUGAAGUGGAACAACCCAUCACCGCCUAUGUCUUUACCGGCCAAGGUUCUCAAGAACAAGGUAUGGGUAUGGCUUUGUAUGACAGCUCUCCUGUCGCUAAGGCUAUUUGGGAUCAAGCCGAUAAGCAUUUCAUGGAAAACUACGGUUUCUCCAUUCUUGAUAUUGUUCGCAACAACCCCAAGGAAAAGACCAUUCACUUUGGUGGUCCUCGUGGUAAAAAGAUCCGCCAAAACUACAUGAGCAUGUCUUACGAUGUUGUUGACGCCGAUGGCACCACCAAGACCUUGCCUUUGUUCCCUAGCAUUCACGAGCGCAGCACUUCUUACACUUUCCGCUCUCCUACCGGUCUUCUCUUCGCCACUCAAUUCACUCAACCUGCCUUGACUUUGAUGGAAAAGGCUGCCUUCGAAGAUAUGCGUUCCAAGGAGUUGAUCCAAACGAACUGUGCUUUCGCUGGUCACUCUCUCGGAGAAUAUGCCGCCUUGGCCUCUGUCGCUGAUGUCUUACCUUUGAACUCUCUCGUUGAUGUCGUUUUCUACCGUGGUAUGACCAUGCAAUCCGCUGUGAAGCGUGAUGAAGAAGGUCGCUCCAACUAUGGUAUGGUCGCUGUGAACCCUGCUCGUGUUUCCAAGACUUUCAACGAUACAGCUCUUCGUUAUGUCGUUGACUCUAUUGCUCGUCGUGGUGGCGAUGUCUUGGAAAUUGUCAAUUUCAACGUCGAAAACUGGCAAUAUGUUGCUGCCGGUGCUCUGCAAAAUCUUGAUGCCCUUGCUAACGUCUUGAACUACAUCAAGACUUCCAACAUCGAUCUUCAAAAGUUGAUGGAAACUAUGUCUAUUGAGGAUGUCAAGCAACACUUGACUGAGAUCAUUGAUGGUGCGUUUGAAAAGACCAAGGCUAAGCAAGCAAAGGGCCAUGUUGUCCUUGAACGUGGUUAUGCUACCGUUCCUCUCGGUGGUAUUGAUGUACCUUUCCACUCUUCCUUCUUGCUCAGUGGUGUUACUCCUUUCCGUACCUUCUUGGCCAAGAAGUUCAAUCCAUCUGAUAUUGAUGUUGCCCAAUUAACUGCCAAGUACAUUCCUAACUUGACUGCUCAACCUUUCAGGGCUGACAAGGAUUAUAUCGAAAAUGUUUACAAACAAACCUCUAGUCCUCGUUUAGCUAAGGUGCUCAAGAACUGGUCUGAUGACAAGUAUGUUACCGCUGCUCAAAAGCAACGUCUCGGUUAUAUCCUCUUAAUCGAACUUUUGGCUUAUCAAUUUGCCUCUCCUGUUCGUUGGAUUGAAACACAAGAUCAAUUGUUCAAGAACUACAAUAUUGAACGUCUUGUUGAAGUCGGUCCUUCUCCUACUCUCAGUGGUAUGGCUACUCGUACUUUGAACCUCAAGUACCAAGCCUAUGAUAAUGCUUUGAGUAACCGUCGUCAAAACUUGUCUAUUGCCAAGGAUUCAAAGGAAAUCUACUAUGAAUUCGAAAAUGCCGUUGAGGAAGAGCCUGAAGCUUCUGCUGAAGCUACCUCUGCCGCUCCCGCCGCCGCUGCUCCCGCUGCUGUAGCCGCUGCUGCUCCUGUAGUGGCUGCUCCUGCUCCUGCCGCCGCUGGCCCCGCUGCAGCUGUCACGGAUGCUCCUGUCACUGCUACCGAAAUUCUUCACUCUGUUAUUGCUCAAAAGUUGAAGAAGAGUCUUGAUGAAGUUCCUUUGUCUAAGGCUAUCAAGGAUCUAGUGGGUGGCAAGUCUACUCUUCAAAACGAAAUUCUGGGUGAUUUACAAAAGGAAUUCACAAACAACGUUCCUGAAAAGGCCGAAGAAACUCCCUUGGAUGAACUUGGUGCUGCUUUGAAUAACGGCUUCUCUGGUGCUCUUGGUAAGCACUCUAGCACUUUGAUUGCCAAGAUGAUCGGUUCAAAGAUGCCUGGUGGUUUCACUUUGAAUAAUGCUAAGAACUACCUUAAGGAUUCUUACGGCCUUGGUCCUGGUCGUACGGAUGGUGCUUUCUUGGUUGCCAUUACCAUGGAACCUGCUGCUCGUCUCGGUGCCGAAGCUGAUGCUAAGGCUUGGUUAGAUAAGGUUGCUCAAACUUAUGCCAAGAAGGCCGGUAUUACUUUAUCUGCUCCUGGUUCUGGAGCUGCUGGUGGUGCCGCUGGUGGUGCUAACGUUGCUGUCAUUAACAGUGCCGAAUUUGAUGCUAUGAAGGCCAAGCAAGAUGCUUUGAUUUACCAACAACUGAACCUCUACGCCAAGUAUCUCCAAAAGGACUUGCGUGAAGGCGCUAGAAAGUACGAACAAGAAAAGAUCGCUACUGCUAAAUUGCAAGCUGAACUCGAUUUGUGGCUUGCUGAACAUGGCGAUUUCUAUGCUGAAGGCAUCAAGCCCAUCUUCUCUCCUCUUAAGGCUCGUCACUAUGAUUCCUAUUGGAACUGGUCUCGUCAAGAUGCCUUGGAAAUGUGGUACGAUAUUAUCUUUGGCAAGUUGGCUGUUGUUGAUCGUGAAGUCACUGCCAAGUGUUUGCGUAUCAUGAACCGUGCUUAUCCUCAAUUGAUCGACUACAUGCGCUAUAAGGUCGAAAGCUGUGCCAGUGAUAAGGGUGAAAGCUACAAGUUGGCUAAGGAAUUGGGCCAAGCUUUGAUUGAAAACUGUGUCGAAGUUCUUGCUGAAAAUCCUGUUUACAAGAAUGUUAGCUUCCCUACCGGCCCCAGCACUACUGUCACUGAAAAGGGUGACAUUAAGUAUGCUGAAGUUCCUCGUCCUGAUUGCCGUAAAUUGGCUGAUUAUGUUCGUGAUAUGGCCGCUGGCUCUAAGGUCACUGAAUACUCCAACCGUCUUAAGGUUCAACAAGAUCUUGGCCGUAUCUACAAGAUCCUCCGUACUCAAAAUAAGAUGAAGAAGAGCACCAAGGUUGCCAUUAAGGAACUCUAUACUGAUGUAUUGCGUGCUAUGUCCAUGUCGAACACUAUCGUCAGAGAAAAGCCUCGUCAACGUCGCACUUCUACUGUCGGCCGUCUUCCUGAACGCAAGCGUCUUUCUGAAAAGUCUGCCAAGACUGAAACUAUUCCUUUCUUGCAUCUUAAGAAGAAGAACCCCAAUGACCCUACUGGCUGGGAAUACAGCAACAAGUUGACCUCUGUUUUCCUUAACGCCUUGACUGAAGUCGCUGAAAAGGGUAUCUCUUUCGCUGGCAAGUGUGCUCUCGUUGUUGGUGCCGGUAGAGGCUCCAUUGCUUCUGAAAUUUUGAAGGGUCUUAUUUCCGGUGGUGCCAGAUGUGUUGUUACUACUGUCAAUUUCAACCGCGAAGUUACAAAGUUCUAUCAAUCUAUGUACGAGACUUAUGGUUCUAAGGGCUCUGAACUUAUCCUUGUUCCCUACAACCAAGCUUCCAAGCAAGAUAUCGAUGCUUUAGUUGAAUACAUUUAUGAUCCUAAGGGUCUUAACAUGGAUCUCGACUAUGUUAUUCCUUUCGCCGCCAUUCCUGAAAACGGUCGUGAAAUUGAUGCCAUUGAUUCUAGAUCUGAACUCGCUCAUCGUAUCAUGUUGACCAACGUUAUUCGCUUGUUGGGUAACGUCAAAUUGCAUAAGCAAAAGAUCGGCUCAGAUACUCGCCCUGCUCAAGUCAUCCUUCCUUUGUCACCUAAUCACGGAACUUUUGGUGCUGAUGGUCUUUAUGGUGAAUCCAAGAUUUCUUUGGAAACCCUCUUCAACCGUUGGUACUCUGAAAGCUGGUCUGAUUAUUUGAUCAUUGCUGGUGCCGUUAUUGGUUGGACUCGUGGUACUGGUUUGAUGAGUGCCAACAACAUGGUUGCCGAAGGUAUUGAGUCACUUGGUGUCAGAACCUUCUCUCCUCUUGAAACCUCCUUCAACAUUCUUGGUCUCAUGCACCCUGAUAUUGUUGAACUCUGUCAAAACGAACCUGUUUGGGCUGAUCUUAACGGUGGUCUUCAAUACAUUGUUAAUUUGAAGGAAUUCAAUGCUAACUUGCGUAAGGAAAUCCGUGAUACUGCCGAUAUCCGUAGGGCUAUCGAUGCUGAAAAUGCUCUUGAUUACAAGACUGUCUUUGGCGAAGAAGCUGAACGUAAACAGAAGCCUCACAAUAUUACUCCUCGUGCUAACAUGAAGUUCGACUUCCCUACACUCAAGAGUUAUGAAGCUUACAAGGAUCUUAGCUACCUUAAGGGUAUGAUUGAUCUCGAACAAGUCAUUGUUGUUGCCGGUUUCGGUGAAGUUUCUCCUUGGGGUAAUGCUAGAACCCGUUGGGAGAUGGAGGCUUAUGGUGAAUUCUCUUUGGAAGGUUGUAUUGAAAUGGCUUGGAUCAUGGGUUACAUCAAACACCAUGAUGGCAACUUGAAGAAUGGUAAAUUCUAUUCUGGUUGGUUAGAUGCUAAGACUGAACAGCCUGUUGAAGACAAGGAUAUCAAGGCCAAGUAUGAAAAACAAAUUCUGGAAAACUCUGGUAUCCGUUUGAUUGACCCUACUGUCAUGCACGGUUACGACCCUGAGAAGAAGAUGCUCAUGCAAGAAAUUGUUGUUGAUCACGAUCUCGAACCCUUCGAAUGUUCUAAGGAAGAAGCUGAGCACUUCAAGCAUCAACAAGGCGAUAAGGCUGAUGUUUAUGAAAAUGCCAAUGGCGACUGGUGUGUCAUCUUACGUAAGGGUGCCACUUUAUAUGUUCCUAAGGCCUUGCGUUUCGAUCGUCUUGUUGCUGGUCAAAUUCCCACUGGCUGGGAUGCUACUCGUUAUGGUGUUCCCAAGGACAUUGUCGACCAAGUUGACCCUGUCUCUCUCUUCAACAUUGUUUCUACUGUCGAAGCCUUUGUUUCUGCUGGUAUUACUGAUCCUUAUGAAUUCUUCAAGUACGUCCAUGUUUCCGAAAUCGGUAAUGCUACUGGUUCUGGCGUUGGUGGUCAAAUGUCUCAAAGAGGUCUCUUCCGUGAUCGUCUUCUUGAUAAGCCUGUUCAAAAGGAUAUCUUGCAAGAAUCUUUCAUCAACACUAUGCCCGCUUGGAUCAAUAUGUUGCUCCUUUCUUCAUCUGGUCCUAUCAAGACUCCCGUCAACGCUUGUGCUACUUCAGCCGUUUCAAUUGAAUUGGCUUGUGAAUCUCUUUUAACUGGUAAGGCUAAGAUCAUGAUAGCUGGUGCCACUGAAGACAUUACCGAAGAAUCUAGUUAUGAAUUCGCCAAUAUGAAGGCUACUUCUAACGCUGUUGACGAGAUGGAACAUGGUCGUACACCUGCUGAAAUGUCUCGUCCCGCUACUUCCACCAGAAAUGGUUUCAUGGAAGCUCAUGGUGCUGGUAAUCACAUUCUUAUGUCCGCUGCCACUGCUAUUGAAAUCGGUUGUCCUAUCUAUGGUAUUGUCGCUCUCAGUAGUACUGCUACUGAUAAGGAAGGUCGUUCCGUCCCUGCUCCUGGUGCCGGUAUUUUAACUACUGCUCGUGAAAAUAGCAAGAGAGUCUCUCCUUUGUUGGACUUCAAGUACCGUGCUAGACAAAUUAAGGCUCGCCGUGCUCAAAUUAAGACUUGGGUUGAAAACGAAUUCUCAUUCUUACGUGAAGAAUUGGAAGAACUCAAGUCCAGUGGUCAACUCACUGCUGAGGAAGAAAAGGCUUGGAUUGAAGAGCGCAGUAACUUUAUUCACAACGAAGCCAAGCGUCAAGAAAAGGAAGUCCUUAGCACUUAUAGUCACCACUUCUACAAGAAUGAUCCUACCAUCGCUCCUAUCCGUGGUGCUCUUGCUACUUAUGGUUUGACUAUUGAUGACAUCGGUGUUGCCUCUUUCCAUGGUACUUCUACUAAGGCUAAUGACAAGAACGAAUCUCGUGUCGUUAAUACUCAAUUGAAGCACCUUGGCCGUACUAAGGGUAAUGCUCUUUUGGCUAUCACUCAGAAAUACUUAACUGGUCAUCCUAAGGGCCCUGCUGCUUCCUGGAUGGCUAACGGUUUAAUGCAAUGUAUGCUUACUGGUCUUGUCCCUGGUAACCGCAAUGCUGAUAACAUUGAUGAAGUGAUGAAGGAGUUCGAUUUCAUUGUCUAUCCUUCUCGUUCAAUUCAAACUGAUGGUGUCAAGGCUGGUCUCCUGAAGUCCUUCGGUUUUGGUCAAGCUGGUGGUGAAGUAUUGAUUAUUCAUCCUGAUUAUGUCUUUGGUGCAAUGGAAGAGAAACAAUAUAAUGAAUACAAGGCUAAGAACGCUCAACGUUAUGCUAAGACCUACCGUUAUCUCCAUGAUUCUCUUACGGGUGUCGCUGACUUUGUCCAAGUCAAGAAUGAAGCACCUUAUACCGAUGACCUUGAAUAUACUGUUUACUUGAACCCUAGUGCUCGUACUGAAUACUCGAAGGAGAAGAAGUCAUGGCACUUCACUAGCAAAUCUGCUAACCUCGCUGCCCCCACAGCUGGUGAUGCUGAAGUUACAAAGAGCAUUCUCUCCUCCCUUGCUGAACAACAAGCCGGUAAGAAAGGUCUUGGUGUUGACGUAGAGUUAACCAAUACUUUCAAUAUCGAAAAUGAAACCUUCAUUCAACGCAAUUUCACUAAGGCUGAAAUCGAAUACUGUCAAUCUCGUCCCGAUCCCCAGGCUAGUUUCACAGGUCGCUGGUCAGCCAAGGAAGCUGUCUUCAAGGCUAUUUCUUCAUAUGGUAAAAUUGAAUCCGCAGGCGCUGCCGCACCCUUGAUUGAUAUUGAAGUUAGAAGCAAUGAUGUUGGUGCUCCUGAAGUUGUCUUGAGCGGUAAUGCUAAGUCUGCAGCUUCUGCUGCUGGCAUUAAGAAUAUCUCUGUGUCCAUCAGCCAUAGUGGUGCUUACUCUGUUGCUGUCGCUAUGGCACAAUAAAUAACCUAUGUAUAAAUAAACGUUUACCUAUUGAUUUUUUUAAUUAUCUUUUUUUCUUUCUCUUUUUUUUAAAAUUUUGACAUGAUAUUUCUUUAUAAUGAAGAUGGGAACGAUAAUCUCUUCGAUAAAAAUGGACUAAAAUUUAUGGCCUGAUGGAUGGUGUAUUACAUUGUUAGUUUGAAGAACGAACUAGUUUUAAUUUGGAAAAUAUAUUCCCAAUGACUCUUUUAUUUCAAAAAAUAAAAUGGGAUGGGACAUAUUACUAAUGAGAUUCGGUGGAUAAUUCAGAGUCGGAUACGGAUAUAAUAAUAGUUACAGAAAUAGAAUGAUAUUAAAAGCGAAAUAAGUAGUAUGAGCAUUGCCAAACAGACGACCAAAGGGCUUUUUUUUUUCUUUUUUUUUUUUUUUG